AACACAGCACAGCCCCGACAAGUGUAGUCAGAACAUGUGUACUUUUCCGUUGUUUCUGUCACAGAAAGCGCAUUCCAAGGCACGUCGCUUUCUAUUACAGACCUAUUUCUUCUAACAACAAAACCCCCGACUGCUUUGGAUACACCAGAAGGUUUAAAGGAGGCCUCAAAGAUGCCCUCUGCAGAAGUCAACUCUCCAUCCCAGCUGAUGAGGAGCAUCAAAGAAGAGACAGAGGAGUUCAGCUUAGCUGACUCUCCAUCCCAGCUGAACAUAAAAGAAGAGAGAGAAGAGUUCACUGCUUUUACAGAACAACUGAACGUAAAAGAAGAGAGAGAAGAGUUCCCUGGUUCUCCUGAACAGCUGGAGAUGAAAGAAGAGAGAGAAGAGUUCCCUGGUUCUCCAGAACAGCUGGAGAUAAAAGAAGAGAGAGAAGAGUUCCUUGCUUUUUCAGACCAGCUGAACAUAAAAGAUGAGAGAGAAGAGUUCCUGGCUUCUCCCGAUCAGCUGAGCGUAAAAGAAGAGACAGAGCAGUUCCCCGGUUCUCCACCUCAGUUCCCUGGUUCUCUAGAGGAGACAGAGCAGUUCCCCGGUUCUCCACCUCAGUUCCCUGGUUCUCCCGAUCAGCUGAGCGUGAAAGAAGAGACAGAGCAGUUCCCUGGUUCUCUAGAGGAGACAGAGCAGUUCCCUGGUUCUCUAGAGGAGACAGAGCAGUUCCCUGGUUCUCUAGAGGAGACAGAGCAGUUCCCUGGUUCUCUAGAGGAGACAGAGCAGUUCCCUGGUUCUCUAGAGGAGACAGAGCAGUUCCCUGGUUCUCUAGAGGAGACAGAGCAGUUCCCUGGUUCUCCACCUCAGUUCCCUGGUUCUCCACCUCAGGGGAGCGGCAUAAGAGAGGACGGCAGGAAAUCUGGGCGUCAGAUCCUCUGCAGCGGAGCGGAGUUUUCUGGAGAAACACAUUUUGCUGCCCAACACAGAGAGACCAUACCCGUGCCUUCUGAUGCCCUCCUCAAAGAGACCAUACCCGUGCCUUCUGAUGCCCUCCACAGAGAGGCCAUACUCGUGCCUUCUGAUGCCCUCCUCAAACGGCGUCCGUACCGCACCCCUGAGCGGCCGUACCCUUGCAGCCAGUGUAAGAAGAGCUUUUGGCUGAAAGCAGACCUCCAAUACCACAGUCGCAUUCACACAGGGGCACUUUCAUGCACCGACUGUGGAAAAACCUUCUCUAACUCUUUUAACUUUUCCUCACAUCGUCGCAUUCAUACUGGAGAGAAGCCAUACGCUUGCAGUCAGUGUGACAGGAGCUUUAGGACAAAAGCAGAGCUCCAGCGACACCAGCCUGUUCACACAGGGGAGAGGCCGUACGCUUGCACUCAGUGUGACAGUAGCUUUAUUGAAAAAAAACAGCUAAAAGACCACCUAGGUGUUCACACAGAGCAGAAACCAUUUUUAUGCACAGACUGCGGAAAGAGUUUCUCACAUAUUUCUAACCUCUAUGCACAUUGUCGCAUUCACACUGGAGAGAGGCCAUAUGCUUGCAGUCAGUGUGGCAAGAGCUUUAGGACAACACAAAGCUUCAAAAUCCAUCAGCGUGUUCACACAGGAGAGAAACCAUAUUCAUGCACAGACUGUGGAAAGAGUUACUCACAAUCCUCUAGUCUUGUCAAACAUCGUCUCUUUCACACUGGAGAGAGGCCGUACUCUUGCAGUCAGUGUGACAAGACCUACAAGACAAAAUUAAACCUCCGAAUCCACCAGCGUUUUCACACGGGGGAGAGGCCAUUUUCAUGCACAGACUGUGGAAAGAGUUUCUCACAGUCUUCUAGUCUCCGCACACAUUGUCGAAUUCACACUGGAGAGAGGCCAUAUGCUUGCAGUCAGUGUGACAAGAACUAUAAGACAAAAAGAGAGCUCCAAGUCCACCAGCGUGUUCACACAGGGGAGAAACCAUUUUCAUGCACCUAAUGUGGAAGAAGCUUCUCACGGUCCUCUCACCUCCGCAAACAUAGUCAAAUUCACACUAAAGAGAGACCAUAAGCUUGCACUAGAGAGAGGCCAUAAGCUUGCACUAGAGAGAGACCAUAAGCUUGCCGUCAGUGUGACAAGAGCCUCAAGACGGAACGAAACCUCCAAAUGCAUCAGUGUAUUCACACAGGGGAGAAACCAUGUUCAUGCAAUGACUGUGGAAUGAGUUUCUCAGUCUUUUGACCUGAAGAGAGGCUUGUCGUCACACUUGAGAGAAGCCAUACGCUUGCAGCUAGUGUGAAAAGAGCUCCUCACACUCUUCUAACCUUAAUGUCUUACUGCAGCCACUAGGCUUCUGUAGUGGACGCCGGGGUCCACAUUUUCAAUUUUGAAGUUUGCUGCUCGUGUAUGCCGCCAAUUUACCAUGUAUGAACUGGUUGCAAGAAACAAAUCGCCUUCCUCCAUGUAAUUGCGAGGCGGAACCAGCCUAUUAAGCUUAGCCAGCAGAGUCAGCCGCUAUUGACUUUAAUGGGAAAUGCCAUCCUUCUCGAACUCUUUAAAUGUGAUUAAGAUAUUAUGUGGGGGUGAAUAAAGUCAUUCUUUCACUUUCA